GAAAAUUUACAAAAUAUUUCUUUUCGUAUUAGUUUGCGUAGUUAUUUUUAUUAUUAUUAUUUUUCACCUUUCAAUAUCUAAUUUAUAUAACCAGACACGUAAACAAGUCGAGAAUUAUGGUCAAUCGUCAAUAACAUUUAAUAGUAUUCAAAUAGUUGAGUUACCUAUUACUGAACUAAGAAUGCCAAUAAAACAUUCACCUUUGAACACUUAUUCAGAAUUACCUGAUAAAUUAAUUAAGUAUAUCGAUAAAGCAAGAAUUUUUGAUAAGGAUUUACAAAUAUUACAAACUAGAACUAAAAGUUCUUUGGAUAAAUUAAUCACUUAUUUGUGCGCUUUAAAAAUAUCUGUUAAUCAUAAUAAAGCCAAUACAAAUGAUGCUUAUUAUCAAACCACAACUUUCAUAGAAACUGAAUUAAGGGAGAUGAUUCUAGUCUUUCAAUAUGCUCGCAGAAGGUAAAUAAUAAACUAAUACAUUUUUCUUUGUUUUCUUU